AAUUUUUUAUAUAGAUUUAGAAAAUUGCCAUAUACUUUUUUCUUCCAUGUAUUCAAAAUUAAACGUUAGGUAUUCUUUCUACUGGAAGUACACGCAAAACUUAAAGGAAUCAUUACUCUUCCCUUCCAAAAAUCAAAAAAUGCUUGAAAAGAGGCAAAAGGUCUUGAAAUAUCAAACUGAUAUCGAAAAUUAUGAAUCUGGUAAGCCAGAUUUUCCAAUUGGCCUAACAGAUUGGCUUGUUGACGAAUUUGGAGUUAAUGAGGAAUCUACUAUUCUGGACUUGGGAGCAGGUACAGGAAAGCUAUAUCCUCGAAUAAAUGCUGCUCAUCCUCAAAAGGUUAUGGCGGUGGAUUCUUCGGAAGCUAUGUUAAAGGUGUUGCAAAAAAAAUAUCCAGCGGUAGAAUCACACUUGGGUUCAGCGACCCAGAUUCCAUUACCUGACGAAAGCGUAGAUCUCAUUUUAUGUGGUAACUCUUUCCAUUGGUUUGCCAAUGCAAAAGCUUUGAAGGAAAUGCACCGUGUUCUCAAACCAAAAGGAGCCCUUGGUCUUGUUUGGAAUGUCCGAGACAAAUCGGUAUCCUGGGUCAACAAAAUUAAUGAAUUACUGGAUAAAUAUCGUUCUGGAUCUCCCUACUUCGGAACCUGGGAAUGGGCUCAGUUGUUCCCCGGACAUGGAUUCCAAAAAUUUCGCACUUGUGUAUUCCCUUUCUCUUACUGUACUACACCAGAGAAUUCCAUUCAUCGAAUGGUUUUCUCUUUGUCUUACAUGCAUGCUCUUCCUGAACAAGAAAAAGCCGUCGUAAGAGCUGAGUUGGACAAGAUUGCAGAAACAGUGCCCAGAGUACAAAACACUGACCAGAUAAAAUUUCCUUACCACACGAUGGCCUUUAGUAUAGAGAAGGAAGCCUUGGAAAAAAAAUAGAGCAAACUCUUUAAUUUUCCGAUGAUUAAUGGUGAACUCGAAUGACUACUAACUACGUUAUUGAGUAUAUUCUGAAAGGAAAGCAUACAAAAAGAUUGAGGCCGUUAUUGUUUGAUUCAAGUAAAUUUCAUGCUUUCCCGCAUCUUAUUAUACAAAACGCUUGCCUGUUGUAUCUAGGAACAUGUAUCAAUUCAUCUUUUAGACUAUACCAAACACGCUCUUCUUGGU